UAUUGCAGAGUGUCCACGUGGGGAGCAGAAUAUUUUGGACUGCCUGGACUCUGUCUGCUAUCACUAUGUGUGUGAUUUGUGUCAACAACUGAGACUCGUCGUCACUGCAAAGUCCCAGGCGUAAGCAGGCAGAACAAGGUGGGGGGGGAUAGGACGCUGUCAGAUUGCCGGGUGCAGCAACUGUUUAGGGGGGGGGCAGGGGACCUAUAGCCGGUUGACGCUUGGAUACAGUGUCUGGAACCUCUAGGACUUAAUGACACGGCGACUUAUUCCUCCCGUAGUCACGAGUUGACAAAAGGCAUGGAAAGCAAAUAUUGCGAAGCUUAAUCUUUUUUUAAUUUACUUGGCUUGGCGGAGUGGUGGUGGAGUGGUGGAGUGGUGCAGAGUACCCCCAUGAUUUUGGGCGAGGAGAGGAGGACUUCUCACCCAGCUGGGUGGCAAAGAAACAGAAGGUUUUGUUGGAGGAAUGUCCUGGAGCAGUUAUUGUGUUGUUUUCAGAGAAGAAAUGGAAAGAAGAGAGUCCAAAACGAGAAGAGGGUUUGCGAGCUGCUCAUUGAGAAUAAGGAAAAUGGUGGAAGAUGGGUAAACUGCAAGCCACAGGACUGUGACACCAAUGAGGACAGAUUGGGAGAUGGAGGCAGCAUGGACUUGGAGGCGUUGGAGAGUAGUCAUAGUCCUGCACCCGACAACCCGUACGAGCGAGAAGGCUACACGUCUCGAGGGCUCACAUCUCUUAAAGGGCACCCAGACAAGUCAGACCCGCUGUCAUCAGACGUCAAGAGGUCACAACCCCUGUUAAUACAGAGCGGCAAGUGGGGGCGGUUACGAGAUGAAGAGUCCCGAUCAACUUCACUUCCUGACAUCCCUAAUCCAUUCCCAGAACUUUGCAACUCCUCCCCUAUCCUCAGCAACACACCUAACAGUAGCUCCCCUCUGGAAGGGGGUCCCCACAUGGUGAAGGUGUACAGCGAGGACGGCACGUGCCGGUCAUUAGAAGUGACAGCUGGAGCAACGGCCCGACAUCUGUGCGACAUGCUGGUGGAGAGGGCCCACUGCCUGAGCGACGAGAGCUGGUCUCUGGUGGAGCUACAUCCGCAUCUGGGGCUUGAACGUUGCCUUGAAGAUCACGAGUCAGUGGUGGAGGUUCAGGCUAUGUGGCCCGCAGAAGGAGACAGCAAGUUCAUUUUCCGAAAGAAUUUCACCAAGUAUGAAUUAUUCCGAGGAUCUCCAUAUGCAUUAUUCCCAGAGGACAUGAUCGCAGGAAACCUAGAAGCUCACAAAGGACUCUCUCACUCAGAGCUCAUACAGAAUUUCCUCAACUCGGGCAGUUGGCCGGAGAUCCAAGGUUACUUACAUAUGAAGGAAAGCGGGCGCAAAGUCUGGAAACGAUUCUUCUUUUUCCUGCGCCGGUCAGGGCUUUAUUACUCCACCAAGGGGACCUCAAAGGAUCCUCGGCACUUACAGUAUUUUGCUGAUGUGAAUGAAUCCAAUGCCUACUGCCUGACACAAGGAAAGAAGCUCUACAGCGCACCCACCGAGUUUGGCAUCUGUUUAAAGCCAUACAAGAUGCGGAGUGGCACUAAAGGGCUGAAAAUCUUGUGCAGUGAGGACGAGCAAUCUCGUACCUGUUGGCUUACUGCUAUUCGACUGUUUAAGUAUGGGGCUCAGCUUUACAAGAAUUACCAGGUUUCCAGGCGCGGUCCACAACCUUGGACAGAUCUAAAAAAACAGCGCAGCGUGUCGGAUAGCACAUUGGUUCCUAUGGACUUUUCGGGCUGCACAGGUCGAGUCAUAGAGAAUCCUCUGGAGGCAUUGGCUGUGGCCUUGGAAGAGGCCCAGACCUGGAGGCACAGAGCCUUUGAAGUCACUCUGCACAUGCUGAGUUUGAAAAAAACAACUCAGCGUUAUAGUCUGCCCAACCCAUGCCAAACUACUCCGAGCAGUGCAGUCAUACACAAGACUCAGGCGUGGUAUCAUGGGCGUCUAUCAAGAGAUGAGACUCAUCGCCUCAUGAUGCAGCAAGGAAUGGCGGACGGAGUUUUCCUGGUACGAGAAAGCACAAGAAAUCCCAAAGGAUUUGUCCUGUCAUUGUGUCACUUGCAGAAGAUCAAGCACUACCUCAUCCUACCGUGUGAGGAAGAUGGUAGACCCUUCUAUUCUAUGGAUGACGGACAAACCAAAUUUAUGGACCUUAUUCAGCUGGUCGAGUUUCACCAGAUCAACCGGGGUAUUCUCUCAUGUACUCUCAAGCACUAUUGCACUUGUGUAGCACUGUAACCAAGUCCUGAAUGCCACACUGUGAAGCCUGGAGGAGGACUCUUGAAGGAAACGCAUUGACUUCAGAUGGAUGUUCCACCGACAUGAAUGAUGUUCCACUAUAUCAGACUACUCAGCGAAAGCCAGCAUGAGUCCAGUGCUGGUACUGGAGACAAAAACAUUGCUAAAUUGUUACUGUAAACCUCACCUUAGUGGAUGCAGUUCUAUCAGGAAGCACUCAAACAAUAAGCUACGCCUAUUUUCUUUUCUUUCUGAUGGUACAGACUGUCUUGUGACAGCCAGAUGACAUUUGGUGGCUGAAUUCCAGUGGAAGCGGAGCUUUCCAUAAUCUCCUUAUGCCCGCUGAAACAUGGCAAGAGAAGGGCAUCCGAGCUGUGUACAAGCAAGGAAUGUAAUUGGUACAUCUGUUGCUGAGCGCAUUGUACUGUAAAUAUCUAUAAAGGCCAGUUUACUGUCCCGUAUUUUAUGCAAAAAAUCCUAACAAUAUAUUUUUGCCUUCUAUUUCCUCUUAUUUUUGUACAGACUGCUUUAAUCUCAAUCUACUUAAUGAAGAGAGAAAAAAAAAUUAUUUAUAUGUACCCAAAGGUGUCACAUUAAUAAAAAAAGAAAUGUUCACUAUC